AUGGAGCACCUGGGUCCGCACCAUCUCCACCCCGGUCACGCGGAACCCAUCAGCUUCGGCAUCGACCAGAUCCUCAACAGCCCAGACCAAGGCGGCUGCAUGGGGCCCAACUCACGCCUCCAGGACGGAGAAUACGGCCUUGGCUGUUUGGUCGGAGGCGCCUACGCUUACGGCGGCGGGGGACCCGUGGCCGGGGUGAUCCGAGUGCCCGCGCACAGGCCGCUAGCUGGAGCAGUGGCUCACCCCCAGCCUCUGGCUACCGGCUUGCCCACCGUGCCCUCGGUGCCUGCCGUGCCAGGCGUCAACAACCUCACUGGCCUCACCUUUCCCUGGAUGGAGAGUAACCGCAGAUACACAAAGGACAGGUUCACAGGUCACCCCUAUCAGAACCGGACACCCCCCAAGAAGAAGAAGCCGCGCACAUCCUUCACACGCCUGCAGAUCUGCGAGCUGGAGAAGCGCUUCCACCGCCAGAAGUAUCUGGCCUCGGCCGAGCGCGCCGCCCUGGCCAAAGCUCUCAAAAUGACUGACGCGCAGGUCAAAACCUGGUUCCAGAAUCGGCGGACGAAGUGGAGGCGGCAGACCGCGGAGGAGCGUGAGGCCGAGAGGCAGCAGGCGAACCGCAUCCUCCUGCAGCUGCAGCAAGAGGCCUUCCAGAAGAGCCUGGCACAGCCGCUGCCCGCCGACCCGCUCUGCGUGCACAACUCGUCGCUCUUCGCCCUGCAGAACCUGCAGCCAUGGUCUGAUGACUCCACCAAGAUCACCAGCGUCACGUCGGUGGCGUCGGCCUGCGAAUGA